AUGCAGUCUCCUCUCACCGCCGCUCGGCAAUCCCUUGUUUCUCUCCCUUUUUUGCUGCCGUCCUGGUGUGAAUUGGCCUCAAUAUCAGGGAGACGAUAUCAGUCCACCUAUCGACGAACAAAACAACGCCUCCGAAUAAAACCAGAUGCUUCCUUUGAACCGACCCAAGAGAAAUUCGACAGUAUCAUAUUCAAUCCUCCCUCGAGCGCCCCGGAUGCUACCCACACACCAAACAUAUUCCUUCCCAAGAAUGACAUCCGACGAAACCUCGUCCAACCCGAACCGACACUAAGCAUUGCACCGGAAGACCUCCCUUGGGCCACCAAGGCUCCCAAAAGGCAGAAAUACCAUUUAACAGUAGAGGAUGUCAAGGAAAUUAGGAGACUACGUACUCUGGACCCCGUUGAAUGGAGUCGAUGGAAGCUUGCGAGGAAGUUUGAUUGCUCGGCUCGGUUCAUCAACAUGGUCUGUGAACCUAUCCCGCAAGCGCAAAAGCAGGAGAUCCAUAGGAAGGUGUUGGAGGCUGUCAAGUCGAGAUGGGGUGCUACACGGCGCAUGGCUAGGGAGGACCGGGAACUCCGAAAGGAGGCCUGGGCUAAGGAUGAUUAA